CCAAACACCAGCUUCUCCGGCAUUAUCACCUAAAUAAUGGACCCUCCGGACCCAGGGCGUUCCGAGGUUCACGGGCAGUUGGGACACUUUAAGAAAUGUCUGUUGAAAAGCCUGAAAACCAGACUCCUUUCUGCCUAACACCAAUAGAGGAAUGACAAGUUAAAAGAAUCUCUUCACGAGGAAUAAAAGCCCAUGGAAAUAAAAAGAUGCUUCCAUGCGCAGCGUGGUUCUGACUUCCUGAAGUCUAUUUUGUUCAGACAGGGAUUGUGUGGCAACCAAGGAAACCCUAACCCGUUUGGUUGGUCUGCCUACUUUAUUUUCUGUUUUGUAAAUAUUUAACAACUUGGAGAAGAUCUCAUCUUUUAUAGCCGUAGUUUCCUCAAGCUCCUGAUAUCUCUUUGAGAGUAGGCCCAUAGCUGUUACUAUAGUCAACAAUUCCAGUCUCCUCCCAUAGCAGAUUCUAUUGCUAAUCCGUCAGCCUGCAAUGGCCUGUAUUGUGGAUUUAUGGAGGCUCAUUAGCAUAAAUUAUGACCAAAUCCGCGUGGGCAUGUGUGGUCURUGGCAUUGGGAACCUGCCAAGCGAAAAGUUGCUCCAUGGUGAGCCUGGCAAAAAGUUUGAAUGGCCAGGGCUGAAAAUAGGCUUGCAUUUGGUUUUCACAUUCAUAUAAUUCACUUAUGGAUAUUUUAUAGUUUUCAACCCCAGAGACUUUAUUUGCAUUUCUGAAGUACUUUUCAAAUUUGUUUUACAUAAACACAAAAGACUCACUGGCCUUCAUGAAGUUUCAUAGACCACACUAUACCCUUAUGUCGUGGAUAAGCAGGGAAAGAUAAUACGUUGAGGCUGGUUGAAGUUUCAUACCAUUGGAGGUUUCUUAAUUAAUUGCCAUAAAUCAAUCAAGAUGGUUAUUUUUUAGUUUCAGGGAAUAAUUAUUGUGUUGGUCUACUAUAGCAUAUUGCGCUGCUGAUUUUAAUUAUAGUGCAUUUAAUAGCAAUACAAUAAAGUGUGAAUACGAAUUUUAAAAGACGAUCUUCCUGUUUGAUUCUGGGUGAAACUAUUGACAGUUUAACGUAACGCUUAUUUAGCAGCUUUACACACCAGUCGACUUUAUGCACCUGUCUGAAUGUAUUAAAUCCCCACUAUCGGGAUUAGGUGAAUAAAGCUGUUCAUUCACACGACUCACACACAGGCUGCCUACUGAAUGCAGAGACUAACAUAAAUAGAACACACCAUUUAAAAUUGUAGUAGAACAUUUUGCUUUGUAAAAGAGCAUAAUGUGGUCAUUCAUCGGAUUCGUUUUUUGUUCAUCCAAAUCGACACACAUACAUUUCAACAUUGACAGUGGCAUACAAAACAAAGACAAAACAAAACACUAACGGUGAUUUCUUUCCUAUAAGGUAAUGUCGUGACAGCAAACAACCUAAUACACACUAAUAAUACAAAAAAAACAGUAGAAAUGUCAGCCAAUUUCCAUGUCAAACAUCCCAUAGCUCAGUAGCUCCAAAUGCAGUGUGAAUUYACGGCUUUAAACCCCCUGAAGAAAGGUUAGCGCAUACACACUCUUGGCUACCGAGUGCCAUCACUGUUCAAUUCCGUUUACCGAGCCUUUUUACCCUUUGCUCGGUCUUCAGAUGGAAAGGAUUUCCAUUGMCCCAAGGUGUCCAUGUAAAUAGGUGUCAAUGAAAGCAGAUUAUGCCUUUCUCCGCGAGGAGCCCCCUCCUCCCUGGGUGGUUGUCAUGUGAUAUGUAGAGGUGGCACAUUAGUGGAGCUGCUCUGGGGGGGUCUAUUAUAUGGCUGUCACCACAGUCAACUAUCACACCGCACCACAAUCAACUAUCACACGGCAGAAAAGGGAGGACAUGGAAGUAUAGCUGCUACAUAGCUCAUCUCAACUCAACUUCUAUCAGUUAAACUUAUACUGCAGUAGGCUACUACUCACGUGUUUUGUAUUUUACGCAUGCAGAAUAUUUAAUUUUCAUGAAGAGUUCUGAGAAGUUUCCAUCACGAAGGUAAACUAAGCGGAACGAGUUGUUUGAAGUAAAGUGUUGUGAAAGAAUACUGUCAGGAUGCCUCGACCAGGGAGGAACACGUACAGCGACCAGAAACCUCCCUAUUCCUACAUCUCCCUCACCGCCAUGGCCAUCCAGUCCUGCCCGGAGAAGAUGCUCCCUCUCAGCGAGAUCUACAAGUUCAUCAUGGACAGGUUCCCUUACUACAGAGAGAACACCCAGCGGUGGCAGAACUCCUUACGACACAACCUGUCCUUCAACGACUGUUUCAUCAAGAUCCCGCGGCGUCCGGACCAGCCCGGGAAGGGAAGCUUCUGGGCUCUGCACCCCAGCUGCGGGGACAUGUUCGAGAACGGGAGCUUCUUGCGUCGCCGUAAACGGUUCAAGGUGAUGAUGAUGAUGGCGGCGCAGGAGCACCUGGCUCAGUCCAAGCAGUCUGACGCAGCCCAUUAUCUCAGGCUCAGUGCCCUGGCUGCCACCGGCACACACCUCCCUCAGAUGUCCAGCUAUAACUUGGGAGUGUCACAGCCAUCAACUUUUAAACACCCAUUUGCUAUAGAAAACAUCAUCGCCAGAGAGUACAAGGUUCCCGGGAGUCUGGCGUUCUCCACCAUGCAGUCCAUGUCUGCAAGCUACCCGCUGCACAACCAGCUGACUGCGGCCUGGCCUCACAUGUACAACACUAUGGUGGACUCUGUUUCUCCUAUCUCUAUGAGCGGUGACUACGUGGCCUACCGCAUGCCCCUUAAAUCUCUGUGUCACGGAGGACAGACCCUACCCGCCAUUCCGGUGCCCAUCAAACCCAACCCGACCACGGUGGGUCUCUCGGCGGGGCUGACGCCCCACACAUCCGCCUUCCGUUCGAACUCUCCCCAAUCUCUGAGCCCCACCUCCCCGCAGACAGACCCCAGCCAAAGCAGCCCCCCCACUCCCAGGGAGACUCACACCAACCCGACACUGCAGUCCGUGGCAGUGCACUAACAUUAACAACUAUACAGAACUCUUUGUAAACUAGACCAGCAGGCUCAAACCAAAUCCAACGUUUAUUUUGACUCUUGCCGCUGACAUCUUGGGCCGAGAAUAACUACAAUUAAUUAAGGCAAGAGACUUCCGUGCUGCGGUGUAUUUUGAUGUCGGUMGUUUGCUUUGAAUGCUAAUUGUCUUCUAACAUGGUUCCAGCAGAGAUAUAGGGACAUAUUGCUGUUCAACUUAAAAGGUAUUCGUUGUGUCAGUUUUAUCAGUGUGUUUUGUAAAUGAGUGAGGCAAUGCAAACAGCGGCRCAGUCAGGAGCAUGAAAGAGAUUUACUUUGAUUUAUUUCUAUCUAUGUAAAAAUAACAAGGUCAAUUGUGAUUUUUUUUUUCAAUCUUAAAAAAUAGUAAGGUGAACUAUAGGGUCUUUACUAAAUGCAAAAUAAAUAUGUGAAUAAAUGUGAAUAAUUGCAAAUAAGUUGAUAUGAUAAUGUUGUAAAAUACACUUUUUAGUUAAAUGUUUUUGAUAUCUAUUUUGCAGGAGCUGUUCUGUGAAGCGUGUGAUGUAAAGCCAUUUAAAACCAUGGUGACAUACAUGUGAUUAAAUGCUGUAACUGUUGUCCAUGUUAAAGGAACAGCCUGUUAAACUCGAACUACAAGUGUUUUUUCUGCCAGCAUGCUGCUUUUCAAAAGUGUUCAUAUAGUCUGCAAUGAAUUAUAAACUUGGUCAUCGAAAUAUUUUCUCAUUAAAAUAGUGUAAACAUUAUAAUGGUUGGUGUAUUCUGUGUAAAUAGUGUAAACAUUAUAAUGGUUGGUGUAUUCUGUGUAAAUAGUGUAAACAUUAUAAUGGUUGGUGUAUUCUGUGUAAAUAGUGUAAACAUUAUAAUGGUUGGUGUAUUCUGUGUAAAUAGUGUAAACAUUAUAAUGGUUGGUGUAUUCUGUGUAAAUAGUGUAAACAUUAUAUGGUUGGUGUAUUCUGUGUAAAUAGUGUAAACAUUAUAAUGGUUGGUGUAUUCUGUGUAAAUAGUGUAAACAUUAUAAUGGUUGGUGUAUUCUGUGUAAAUAGUGUAAACAUUAUAAUGGUUGGUGUAUUCUGUGUAAAUAGUGUAAACAUAAUGGUUGGUGUAUUCUGUGUAAAUAGUGUAAACAUAAUGGUUGGUGUAUUUUGUUAACAGCUGGAAUAAUGCUGUCAUCGUGCACUUACUGAUUUACAACUGGGAAAACUUCCAGACAGAUCAUUAUUGCAUGAUGAUGAUGAUUAUUAUUAUUAUAUAUUUACAACAAUACAACUUUUCGAUUUCAAUAUGACUCUUCACUUUCUAAUAUUUAAUUUAUUUCCAUUACAAAUAUAUACAAAUCUAACAAAUAUAUUUCCAUUACAAAUAUAAAGUAAAUAAAAUAAUGUUUACAUAAUCAUGAAUAUAGCUCAACAUGGUAUAUUGCUGUGUAUUUGAGUGUCUAGACCUGAGUACAGAACGCGGUGUACAGUGUAUAGGCGACACCAGAACCCUCGUCGCGCUGUUCCCACAGGAGCAGUCAGAACAGAACCGUGGAACUGCUGAAUCAGAAUCAGAAUGCGGGUGAUUAGAAUGCAUGGAGGUACUGCCGUAGUCACAGCGCAGACAACCGACCUCAUUCAUUCAGCUACACACUAAUAGACCCUCAAUAAAUGAAACACACAUUGACACGGAGAUGGAAUAGAAUUACAUUAGGCUAUAUAACACCAUGAGAUUUGCUUCUGACUUCCAAAACAUAUCGACAAUGAACAGAGUAGGUCUAGCACAUUAUAAAAAUCGUAAUUAUCAUAAAAGAAAGGUUAACAUUCAAAGCAUUUUUUAUGUUUUGCAUUGAAAAAACUGCUAACCAUUUUGCAUAAGUUCAUUUGAAUUGGACUUGUUUUAGCCAUAUAUUACAUAGCUGAUAUUGAUAGUAUGGAUAGCCUAACAAGACAUUUUUAAAAAGUAAUUUAAAAUCAACGAAAUGUAUCUCUACAUGUGCAUUUUUUCACAAUGCAAUAAUCACAGUAYACUAAAAUAUUUUUUAUCUCUAUGUAUUUAAUUGUUUCUUAUGUAUUUUUGUAUAAUCCUAAAUAGCCUAUUUAWAUAUCCACGCGUGUAGUUGGCCUUAAUUACGUGUGCUACAUUGAUAGCUUAUAUGUUUAAUUGUAUUUUUAUUUAUAUUAAAAUGCAUUCAUUCAGUGUCAGGGACAUCAGGUGCUGUGAAAGAAAUUUCCCAUCUUGGCGCAUUAAAAAAAUACUUUAGAAUUCUGUCACUUUCUCCAAUUGACUAGAUCAAAUACCGCCUUCUAGCCACUUCAUUCUCUCCAUUCACUCAAUAGAAAGAGCAAAGAAUUGCAAACUUCGACUGGGCCACCAAUGUAGAUUUAGCCUUUUUUCGAGUAGACAAAAAGACUGAUUUCUCACAAACACAUUGCUGACUGGGGAACUGGGAAACGGGCUCAGAGACCCCUUUGGAAUUUAAAUCCACCCCACCCCACCCCUCCCCUCCUCCUGACCCUGU